AUGGGAUCCGUGGAAGACGAACGGAGGUCGCCGCUGGAAGAAGGUCUUCUUCCGGAGAAUGAAAAUCAAGGACAAUAUACUGGAGAUGGAUCUGUCGACAUUCAUGGAAACCCCGUUUUAAAGAACAGCACAGGCAAUUGGAGAGCAUGCCCUUUCAUUUUAGGGAAUGAAUGUUGUGAACGUUUAGCUUACUAUGGAAUAGCUACAAAUCUUGUCACUUACCUAAAGAACAAGCUACAUGAGGGGAAUGCCUCUGCUGCACGAAAUGUCACAACAUGGCAAGGAACCUGCUAUAUUACGCCAUUGCUUGGUGCAAUUUUAGCUGAUGCAUACUGGGGAAGAUACUGGACAAUUGCAGUGUUCUCAACUAUAUACUUUGUUGGAAUGGCCACAUUGACCCUUUCAGCAUCAGUUCCUGCUUUUAAGCCUUCACCAUGUGUUGAAUCUGUUUGCCCAGAAGCAAGUGCAGUUCAAUAUGCUAUUUUCUUUUUUGGACUCUAUCUAAUUGCACUGGGGACCGGUGGAAUUAAACCUUGUGUUUCUUCGUUUGGAGCUGACCAAUUUGAUGAUACUGAUCCGAGAGAGCGAAUGAAGAAGGGAUCCUUUUUUAAUUGGUUUUACUUCUCUAUUAACAUUGGUGCUCUCAUAUCCAGCAGCUUUCUAGUUUGGGUGCAAGACAAUUGUGGAUGGGGCUUGGGCUUUGGAAUUCCUACAUUGUUUAUGGGAUUAGCUAUAAUUAGUUUUUUCUUUGGUACUCCACUUUAUAGAUUCCAAAAACCAGGAGGAAGCCCUCUUAUAAGAAUGUGCCAGGUGGUGGUUGCCUCUUUUCGCAAGUGGAAAGUGGAUGUGCCUCAUGACAGUUGUCUCCUAUAUGAAGUGCCUGAGAAGGCUUCAGCAAUUAAAGGAAGUCGAAAGCUGGAGCACACAGAUGAAAUUAAGUUCCUUGACAAGGCUGCUACAGUGACGGAUCUCGAUACAAAGACUGAAAGUUUUUCGAACCCAUGGCGGUUGUGUACAGUCACUCAGGUGGAAGAACUGAAGAUUCUGGUGAGGAUGUUCCCUGUUUGGGCAACCACCAUAGUGUUCUCUGCAGUAUAUGCACAGAUAUCUACUAUGUUUGUCGAACAAGGGAUGGUCAUGGACACGAGUAUAGGCUCCUUCACCAUUCCACCUGCAUCUCUAUCAACCUUUGAUGUCAUCAGUGUCAUUGUGUGGGUGCCAAUCUAUGAUAGAAUUCUUGUUCCGGUGGCAAGGAGAUUCACAGGCAAGGAGAGAGGUUUUUCAGAAUUGCAAAGGAUGGGUAUUGGCCUGUUCAUAUCUAUACUAGCAAUGGCAGCAGCUGCAGUGGUGGAGAUCAGGCGACUUGACAUUGCCAAGGCGGAAGGUUUAGUGUCCGAGAAAGUGGCCAUUCCAUUAAGCAUCUUUUGGCAGACACCUCAAUACUUUUUGGUCGGAGCAGCGGAAGUAUUCACAUUCAUUGGGUCACUGGAGUUCUUCUAUGAUCAGUCUCCUGAUGCUAUGAGAAGUCUGUGCAGUGCGUUAUCACUUCUUACCACUGCGCUGGGGAACUACCUGAGUUCCUUCAUCUUGACUGUCGUGACAUCGGUAACAACUCGAGGAGGGAGGACAGGAUGGAUUCCCGAUAACUUGAACGAAGGGCACCUCGACUACUACUUCUGGCUGCUCACGGGGCUGAGCUUCUUGAAUCUUUUGAUAUAUGUUGCCUGUGCUAAUAGGUACAAAAGCAAGAGGGCUUCUUGAGUUCCAAAGAACUGCAGGGUACCAUCAUUCAUGAAACACCGACCUGUACAUUUGUUGUGGUGUCUGUUUGGUGACUGAUUUAAGUGUUUCUUCCCUAUGUCAUCCCUCUGGAUUGAACAGUUGCUUCAUUUCAAUUACCACAGACAGUUCUCUAAUUGCAGAUAGUCUGUGUCAAUCUGCAAGUUUUAAUAGUAGCAUGUUAGUUGUUGUCGUGACUAUAAAUCUUACAUACAUCUGCAAGUUUA